UUAGUUGAAGCCCCAACACAACAAUAGUAUACCUUGUUGUUGCAUGUCCAUAAUCAUAAUGGUAGCAGGCCACCCCAACUAGCCACUCUGAUGUACAGUUUUAAAAUAAUAGUCAGUUUCAGGUGUUUUUGGAAGCAGUUUCAGCUCUUCCUCUUCUUGUUGUUACAGCUUCUUACAGUUAACGCUUGACCGUUCAGUUUAUUUAAACUUUAUCUUGGUCGCCUUCAACAAUCAAAGCUACUAGGGAAUAUUGCACUACGGUCAUUUAUGCGGUUGCACGUAGUGAAACAGGAAGCGGAAGACCUCUGUUUAGAUGUACACAUACCAGCACUUUCAGCUGGUCAUGGCAUGUUCGAUUAUUGUCAUUUCACUGCAGUCGUCCAUUAAAGCAAGUGAACAAAUGGAAUGCUGUUCUUAUUUAGCUACAAGACACGGUGAAGAGAAACACAACUUUAAACGUGGCUAGCCGUUAGCUACCGUUGGGAUUUCACCAAGCCAACCGUCAGAUUCAAAACCGUGGUGACGUCAACGGUUCGUUGAGUCGCUGCUUGGUUACGUGACGUCCUCGCGAUGGUGUGCACGCUCCAAAUGUCAAAACGCGGCAACUGUAAAGGUAAGGUGACAGCUGACUUCACUUCUCCAUCAUGAUGUUCUACACUCAACUUUUCACCUCCAAGCGGGGACCCCUGGCCAAAAUCUGGCUUGCUGCACAUUGGGAAAAGAAGCUCACAAAGGCCCAUAUAUUUGAGUGUAAUUUAGAAACAACUAUCAGUGACAUAAUCUCCCCACAGAUGAAUAUCGGUUUGCGGACCUCUGGUCACCUGCUCGUUGGUGUGGUCAAGAUCUACUCCAGGAAAACCAAGUAUCUCCUUGCGGACUGCAGUGAUGCCCUGGUUAAAAUCCGAAUGGCAUUCAGGCCAGGUCAGACAGAUUUGCCUGAGGAGGCGCUUGAGGCAACGGUGAAGGCAAUCACUUUGAAUGAAAAUUUCUCCGAAUUUAAUACUCAGCUGCCACAUCCGAGUAACAUAGAUGUUGAUGACCACUUCUCACUGAACCAGUGUCGAUCAGAGGACAUCACGUUGAAAGAGGAUUUGGGAAACAACUUUAUGAAUUUGGUAGAUUUUGGAGUAGAGUCCCAGUGCCACAACAGUGGACUGCUGGACAUCAGCUUCCAGAGCUUCACUCAACAGGGAGAUGCCUUUGGGGAUGAGGACAGAGGAGGCGACUUACUCGACUUUCUGGCAAACUACAGUGACAACCCUGAGUCACUGGACCUCCUCCCAGAAGAGCCUCAGAUCUCCACACUCAAGAAUCAACAAGGUUCUGAUAUAACCGAGGUGGCAACCCCGACUCUGAACGAGAUUACGCUGCUGGCUAACCAGGAGGAGGGCUUCGCUCUGGACCCUGUGACAGUAACUCCAAACUCUGAGAAGAAGAGGGGCAAGAGGAAACGUAGGCUGGUGGUGGACCAGACCAAAGAACUGAGCAACGAGUCGCUGGGAGAGCAGCUCUCCAACAGCUCAGAUCUGGUGGCUCCUCUGGACAUGGCCCCCCCGACCCGGCAGCUCAUGCAGUGGAAGGAGAGCGGGGGGGUGGACAAACUGUUUGAACUGCCGUGUUCCACCAUAGCGGCGCCGCAGAUAAAGAAGCUCUUUGCCAGGACCAUUUUCCAGAUGAAACACGUUGUGCAUCAGGACGUCGAGGUGAUGCGCGAGGAUGGACAAGAAGCUCAGAGGGACAUCACCACGGACGUCAGUGGCGUAUAUUCAUCGAUAGAUUUGGAAACAACGCACAACAGGGAUCUGACCGACCUCGAUCACACGACUGAGAAUUACUUGGAGCUCCAUGAGGAAGGAAACAUGUCAGAGUUCACUCAUCCUGAACUUCCGUCAGAAGACUCCAUGUUUGUCCAUCCGUCCUACCUGCAGCUGGAGACUCAGUCCACCUCCUUCCAAACUCAGUCUCUGCUGGACAGCCAGGACUUUGAGGAGAGGAAGAUGAUCAGACACACACAGAAACUCCUGGACACACUGAAAACGCAGAGCAGCAUGUCCUCCCGGUUCAGCCUGCAGGCGCUGUGUGAGGGAGGCUCUCGCUUUCAGGCCGCCACCACCUUCUUCUGCCUCCUGCUUCUGAAAAAACAGAAGGCCAUCGUGCUGCAGCAGAGCGGGCCGUACCACGACAUCAUCGCCUCGCCCGGACCCGCUUUCUACGAGCAGUAGACAGAAUAAGGUUUGGUAACGACAGAGUCACUGGUACGGUUAUCCAUCAGACAUCCGUUUGUGACUCCUGUCAGUUCCAGGGGUUUACAUCUCUCUCCUGGGUCUAAAAGGAAGAUCUUGUUUUACCUUACCGUCACACACAUCAGUUUGUGCCUCUUGUAAAUAUCUGUGUUCGUUCUCAGCACCUUUUGUCUGUGAUAGAUUAUCAACUAAAUGUGUAUAUAUGGGUUUCACAUCCCCAGUAUCUUUAGUAUUUUUUUAUAUUAAUUUGUGAUAUUUUAGAAUGGAAAUGUCCUGCUAAAUUUGGGUUUUACACAAGUUCCUCUUCUAUUCAUUAUAAAGGAGUAUGCAGGAUCUGCUAUGCCCCUUCACUCAAACCUCUGAGAGAGAAGACCGUUGGUCUCCAUUCGGCGCGUGAUCUUACUCCUCGUGAAUCUGUUGUAAAAUAUAUUGUAUGAAAUAUUCUUGUUUUUGUUUUCUGCAUCUCACUAUACGUUCAGUAUAUUAUAAAUAUGUGAAUUGACAACUUAUUGACAUUGUUUAUGGAGUUCAUUUUUUACAGUCUUUUCACUUAAAUGUUUUUCUGUAUUGUAAAUAA